AUGGCCUCGGCUAAAGUGGAUAAACUCAUCAAAUCGAUCAAUGGCUUGGAGACGACGCUGAAGCAGAAAGAACAGCACACACCACCGAAAAAAGCGGCCACAAACGACAAAGAGCGGCAAUUUUGUGCGGAAAUUCGCGAGAUUUUGGCGUCAUCCGAUGUGAGCAAUAUAAUAAAAAAUGAUAAAAGAUGUGAAAAUGAAUUCACCCGAGCCGUUGAACUCCUUUUCAACCUCGUCAAUCACACCGAUCAAUCGCUUCGGACACUGGCCGAGGAAACGCUUGAUGCGAUUUUUCGGGAGCAACUCCUCGCUUUUCAACACGCACGAGUGAUUGUCCGUUUGAUCACCGUUGUUGCAAAGAAUGGCCCAUCAAGAUCUCUUGUAGCAGCUUUAAAUCGACUCUGUUCAUUAAUCCAAUACAGUAAAGCAAAUCGAUUAACCUCUUACGGUGUUCAUAUUGUGAACGCAUUGACGAUGAUCUUGAAGAGGCCAGAAGAAACGGUACAAACCGCGUUGGAGAAGGGAAUACCAAAGAUUUUCGACGUUCUUGGACCAAGAAUCAGGGAACAACAUGUGGAUAAAGCAUAUGAUCUAUAUCGAGCAGCCGUCGAGAAUCUGGACCUCUCUGGAUCAGCAGGAAGAUCGGCCGUCACAAUAAUCACCCAGAUUUGCCAAUAUUACACAGUUAUCCUCAGAAAGGUAAUGCUGCGUUGCCUUGCCACAAUUCGAAAUCCUGAUGAGAAUGAAGCUCGACAAAGAUUAGUUGGAUCGUUGAAUGUGGUGAAGAGUGUUUGGAAGUUGGCUGUCGGUGUCGAAACCGCUGACACUUUGAAAGGAAUCAUUACCGGCAUUCUUCUUUGUCUUUGCUCUGGCCACAACGAUGUGAUUGAAGCAUCUUUGAAGGCUCUCUGUGAAAUCAUGUCUUCUCCUUUAUCCGAUAUGCAAUUUUACCCACCGACUUUUACCAAUAAUAUUCUCGAGAGAGGAGCGCUUGGCUCAGAGAAAGGAAAUCACGAUGAGAGUUAUAAUGAAGGUUCAUCAAUGGCCUCACUUGUUUCCUCACCAAUCGGAUCGACUCUCGAUUUGAGCGUAGCUGAUUCAAUCGAACCGAUGAAUGCCGAAUAUAUGGAACCCCUAGAAAUCCCAGAUCAAGAAUCAACCGGCACAUUGAGCGAUGAUGGCACAGAGCAAGGCGAAAUCAUCGACCCAUUGCUUCAUUCGGAUUUGUAUGAAGAACAACGACAAGAAGAAGAAGAAGCAAAGAAACAUGAGCUCUCACAGCAAGUUCAAUCACCACAAACACCGCGAAAAGUAGAGGGAAUCCCAAAGAAGUUGCCUGAAGGAUUUUAUUCUGAAUCCGUCAAUUGCUUUAUCUACUCAGGACUUUUGAUAGCAAAGCAAUUUCUCCUUGCCGGGAUUAAAGGAUUAAAAAGUGAUCGAGAGGUUCGAAUCUCCCACAAAAUUUUGGCGUUGAAUUGCUUGAAGAUGAUUGCUCAAAUGGAUCCCUCAAUCGGAAGAAGUCACGUGCAAUUGGGUGGUUGUGAUCAAACGAUUUCUGAAAUUGCUCGAUUUGUGCUUCAUGAUGACGAUGGUUUGUGUGGUGGAGCGAUCGAUUUCAUCGUUACUUGCGAUCGUCAGGCGCUUCGAAUGGGAAUCGCUUUGACAGACAUGUUCCCUUACUGCGUUCAACGCGUCGAGCACGUUUUUCAACAGAAAAGGAAACGAGCGCUACUCCUCGCGACUAUCGACUCGAUGGAGCUUCUCCUUCACUACGAUCUCUUCUCAAAUAUUUGCCGUCUCACCGUUGAAUCUGUGACUGGAUCGUAUAAUUUGUACAAGAACACAUCAGCGCAAUGGAUUUCUUCAAUAAAAUGGUCAAUAUUGGCACCGAAAUUGCGCGAAGAAUGGCAGAAAGUAUGUCUCUCGACCUUUCUACAACUUCUCUUCAUCGGCGAGCCUUCCGUUGAGCAAGAAGUCGCUGAAUUGUUUCCAAGAUUGGUGAAGAAUUCUGAGCUCGGCGCUCUCACAAACGUUUUCCACUUUACACUCCCAGAAAACCACGUCGGCGAAUGUUUUGACGAGAUUCCAGUGGUCCUCGGCCUCCCCUCACCAUAUUCAUUUCGAAACGAGGCCGUCGAUUUCAUUCACGAAGAGAAUCUUGAGUUUAUUCUAUCAGAAAUGUUAAAGAUGGCCUCAAGAAAUAUCACUGAAUCCACGUCGGGUUUAAUCUCGGGUUUGGCAAUCCUCGUCGAAGCGUUUCCCCCAUCAUUCUACCGAGAGUGCUGGCAGAGUGCAUUCAGGGGUCAAUCCGGAGCCGUCGGUCUUUUGUCACUCGUUGUUGAGAUGGGCGAGUUGAGUGCCGGUUCUUCACAAACGCUCAUCAAAACUUUCGCCGUGGUGUCGAAUUUAUUUGCUGGUCAAAUGGAGGGCCAACUGAUGCGCGUUGUUCAUGAGCAGAUGAUUCCCGAUCGAAAAUCUUUGCCAAAGCAAUUGGACUCACUUCUAACGGAGAGACUCGUUUUGCUGCCAUUGAGAGUGCUCAAUGUCUACUACUCGUUAGUCACCGAGCAUCGAUCCCUUCAAAACCAAUCGUCAACCGGGCUUCUCUCUCGACCGAAUAUCACUCAAAUCAGCAAUAUCAAAACAGCUAGCUCCGCAAGAAUCGCUGACAUCUCUCGCUUGCUUGGAACAAGUAUUCAUCCGACAAAAUCGAGCUCUUUCCUCGAGUCACCCUCUCUAAAGACGAUGUUCCCGCAAAUUCGUGGAGCUUAUCUAAACUUUUUGGAGAAAAUCGGCUUCGAACAAGAUCGCCGUUUCAUCGAGCUUUUAUCUUCAGCAUUGGAUUGUCUCUGUGUCCUUCUUGAAAUGGUCACAUAUCAAGCAAUUCGCCCGCUAUUGGAAGAGAUCUUGUUGUACUUAAAGAUCAUUUUCGAAUUGGAUCCCCAUCAUUGUACUCGAGUCUUGCAUCAACUCUUCAAAUUGAUCUUCGGGAAAAAUGCGACAAAUAUCAAUUUGGAAACUCUUCAGCAACUGAAUAUGAAACAUCCAUUGCCUCCAUCGGAUAAACUUGACAUGUACCUUGUUCGCUCGAUCAACGAAUUCACCCUUUUUGCCGCUUUUCUGAACAGAGCCGAAUUUCUCGAUGUUUAUGUCAGAAGACAUGUGGGUUGGUUGAGAGCCGAUCUCCUCUCCAAAGUGCACGUUCCACCGAAUUGGGAGAUCACCUCAGCUCUACUCCUCUUCGAGGGUUUCAUCAAUCGUUUAAUCAAUAUGUAUCCAAUCUACAAUUCGAUUCCUCUCAAAUGCGCGAUUCUUGGAGUGAUGUGUGAGCUUCCACGAGACGGAGUCAAGUAUGCACUCGCUGAUCCGAAAGCGAAACUUUUCGAGGCAAUUCUGAGUCAAAUCGAUGACAUGAUGUCUUCACAUACAUCAAUGUUGAGACAAGUUUUUCUCUACUUGAUCGUCUUGGUAAAGACGAAUUUUAUCGAUUGGAACCGUUUGGAGGGGAUUUUGGGGUCAAUGAUAGAGAAAAUCACGGAGAACAAUGUGAAACAUGCCCUAUCCGCGCUUGAUGUGGUGAUUUGUGAGGGAUUGAUCGUUCAGAAGAAAGCCGGGGAUGAAUUGUGGAAAUUAUGGCUUUCGAAAGUCGAUCAGAUAAUCGAAUGGGAUUUGGAGGCGACGGCAUCGAUUUGGACAAUCUUCUUGCAUCACUCGAGGAAAGAAGAGCAGAGAUGGAAAGAAUGGUCACUUGAGGCUUGGUCUCAUUAUCGAGAGUUCAUCAAAUCAUCGCGAAACAAAGCAAAAUUCUCCUCUUGUCAUGCGCAAAUCGUCUUUCUUAGUUGCUUGGCUCCACAAACUUUUCGUCCAAUCGACUCGUUCUUUAAAACCCUCAAAGCGGUUCUCUAUGAUACGACACUGGACUCUUCAACAAAACUCGGCAAAUCUUUUCCUCUCAUUUUCACAAUGAUUGCUUUCAUGUCGGAAGACAAAACCCUUUCAAGAAUGGAGCAAUUAGCUGAGAAUCCAAACGAGUUAUUGGUUAGGGGAAUCUUUGACAUUGUUUGGAAAGCAACGGAUGAGAUGAAAAAACGAGACAAAGAUGCUGAAGAGAUUAUCGUUUUUACUCUACAAACGAUGGCCUACUGUUUGCGAUCAGACAAGUUGCCGAAAUUCUCCGCCUUGCUUCGCUAUUACACGCCAGUUGAUCCACUAAAUCUAUUACUGAAGCUUCAAAAGUUGUCGCCUCAUCUCUAUGUGCAUUGGUUGUCUUUCUUCUCGUUGACCCCCUCAGCGCUCUCCGUUUUCACCAACACUCUGACAAAUUCGACUACUGAUGGUCAUGUUGUGAAUAUCACGAUGCUUCUCUUGAUCGAUUUGAUUCAAAGUGAAAGCCUUUCGGAUACUCAUCUCUUUGCGUUGUUUACACCGAAAGAGGCCCUCAAUCUACCAUUUCUUUUGAUUCAAAUCGCUGAGAAGAAAAUGAUCGAGACAUUUGUUGGAGCAUUGGAUGAGAAACCAUAUGAGCAUUUUCUUUCUUCAACUGCACAAGGAGCGCUAGAGUCUUUGAACUUGAAGGCCGCUUUCGACACACUGACGUUAACGAAAAGGUUCAUCGAGAAAUUCGAGAGAAUCCCGUGUGAAGAAGAGCUAAAACGGCUAGACGAAGGAAUUAAAGGAAUCAGUCGAAAAUUGCACGAGAAAUUCCUCGAAAUCCUCUCCCAAACUGGUCAAAACCCAUUCGAGGGUGUCGCAGCGUUGACCACUUCGAGUGCUCCGGAGUUCUUCGCGCUCACUUUGAAACAUUUCGACAAUUGUCCAAUCGAUUCGACUCUUCAAAAUGUCACUCAUCUACCAACACAACAUUUAUAUGAUAUUUUCGAGAGCUUGCAUCCAUCACAACGAGAGCACUUCUUCACGAUUUGUUUAGAAUCUAUUGAAGCUAUUGUGAUAUCAAAAUCAGCCUUACCUGAAGAGCAACGAGGAGCCAAUGCAAGGGCUCAAGAGAUUCUCGAGAUUUUAGAAGAUUUCAUCUCACAAAAUCCUCAUUUAGCUCUUCAUUUGUAUUCAAAGAUUGGACCAAUCUUAGUGACAUCGAAUCUGACUUGGUCCGAUUUCAGCGCUGAAUCGAUCGACUCUUUGAUUCAAUACUCCACCGGACUAUUAAGAAAACAUCCACUAAAUGUUCUUGGUGAUCGAAUCGAGGGACUUGGCUUUUUGCUCGGUUCACCGUCAUCAAGAGAGAUCUUUCGAUCGAACCCUUUCUGCCACUUGCAAUCGCUUAAAGUUCUUCUGCACGAGCUUGCCUAUUUUCUUGCCACAUCCACUCACGAGCCAUUCAACACGGGCGACAUCUCAGGUCUUGACAUCACGGGUCUUUCUAGUGAAUCAGAAAAAUUUAAACAUUUAUCUGAGCUUUUCGAUAUUGUACAGUAUAUUGUGAUGUUAUUUCGGAAACAAAAAAUCGACAUGGCAACUCCGGGAGUGCUAAAGUUAGAGAAAACGAUUCGUGCGAUUCUUCGCCAUCCUGUUCUACACGCGAUGGCUUUAGUGCCAGAAACGGCUAUGAAAAUGGAAUGGAAACCUCGAGCUGAAGUUAGAGGAGAGACUCAAGUGGUUAUUCCGUUGGUGAACAUUCAUCUCUUGUGCAACGUUGAUGUGCUUUCUGAUUUCACUUGGAGAAUACGCUGGCUUGGAUGGACAUCUCGGCAACAAUUCGAGGAUUUAUGGAUGAGCCUAUUCGGCGUUCUCUCAAGUACACCAACUGGUACUGAGUUGACUCAAGAGAAUGCAUCGCAAUACACGGAGCAAAUCCUAGCCUCAGCUAAUGCAGUCAAUAGUCUGACAGAGCUUCUCUUGUCCUCAUUGCUUUAUCCAGAACCGGGAAACACUUUCAACAGCAAUUUUGUCGUGAAACAUCGCGAAAGAACGGAAACUCAUCGAAACAAAUCAAUGAAACAAGCAAGUGCCAUCAAAGCUCGAUUGAUCGACGACAAAGAUCCGCAAACGAUCUUCAACAGAAAUAUUGAGAGACUAAUUCACGAAGUUGGUUCAAAGUAUGGCCCAGGCCAACUCUCAGCGCUUGCCUUGUGGAAUCUGACUGGAGUAUUGAGAGAUGAAAAGAUGCCAAAUAGUCCCUCAAAUAGUCCGAGGAUCAGAGCUUCAACCUCCGAAUACUUGUUGCGGAUGAAUUGCGAGCUUGGGACACGGCCUCCUCUGUGCGCGCACUUUUCGAGAAUUAUUCGCAUUGGC